AUGGAAGAAAAAAAUUUUGGUGAUUUUACUAUAAUAAAAGUCACUGAAAAAGAUAUAGAUGAUAUCUUGAAAUUCUUGUACAAUGACUUUUUGCACGAGGAACCUAUUAGCAGUUCAAUUAAUAUAACGGAGUCUGAAGCUGAUAAACUAUACAGAGAUUUUGUUUCGAUGGGUGCCAAAUCCUCCUUAUCAUAUAUGCUGAAAGAUCAUGAUGGACAUAUUGUUGGAUUGCGUUUAGCAUCUAUUAUUGAUCGAGAUGGAAAACAAGAUGGAAAUGAACCUAUCAAAAUUGAUAUAAAUAAGGAUCCUUAUCAAUAUACUGGAGAAUCGAACCAGUUUAGUGUGAAAGCAAAUCAUUUAAAAAAAAUUCUAGAUGAAUUAGAUGAUAAGAUAUGGAUCACCCUAAAUCCGAGAAUCACGCGACUGUUCAAUUUGAUAAUUCUUUCAGUGGACAAAUACCAUCGAAGACAAGGAUUAGCAGAAAAAUUAGUAAAUUAUAAUUUGGAGGAAAUACAACAAAGAGGAUGUCAAGGCAUUGUAGUUGAAGCAACUGCCAUUAAAUCUCAGGAAGUACCAAGUUUUCUUCUGUAA